AUGGACGUGGAAGACUUCCCUCCCCCUCCUCCUGAAAUGUUGGUGGACAAUGACUCAUGUGAAGAGGAGGGAGAGGCCUUUGAGUUUGACGACAGCGGGGAUGACGUCCCGGAGGCUGACCGGUUCCCUCCUGCUCCUCCAGUUUUUAUUGCCCCCAGUGCAGAGGAUCACAGUGAGGAAGACCUGCCCCCACCUGUUGCCACGGGAUCAGCCCCAUCGCCUGAGGAGGCUCUCAGCAGCAGACCCUCUGUCCCGACAGAGCAAACAGAAGCAGAUUUACCUCCACCACCUCCUCUCAGAGACACAGACCAAGAGGAGGAGAUAAACAAGGUCACUGAAAUCUCUACUCCACCACAAGAAGAUGUCUUGCCUCCGACAGCCCCCUCCCAGGGAAAAGUGAAUCCUUACUCUGUGAUCGACAUCACUCCUCUCAACCUGCAGCAGCUGGAGCAGACGUCGCCCACGGAGCCUCACGGGGCCCAGGACGGUGUCAGCCUCCCCAGUCCUGUCGGCAUCACUUCAGGCUACUCUGUGCCAGUGCCCUGUGGCUAUGCAACACCCUCCAGUGUGCCUCUUAUCACUCCAGCUUACACCACUCCUGUUAUCAUCCGACACCUCUCCGUGGAUGAGGAAGUCACAGUCGUUGGCACUGGAAGCACUUUUGUUGACAGUGUUUUUAGUGAAGAGGAUCCCCCCAUUAGAGAAGAAGAUGUUUUGGCAAAAUGGGUUUCAGAUCCAGCCAACACCGAAUGGAUGGAAAAUCCCGAUGAGGUGAUAUACGAUGAUGUUCCCAGGGAAAGUUCUGACACAGAGAAUGAAGAGAUGAUUUAUGAUGAUGUGGAGCUCGGUGAGGAAGGCGGUGGCAGCAGUCUGGACAACGGCUGGAGCUCCAGUGAGUUUGAGAGCUACGAUGAGGCCAGUGAUGGAGAAGGACACCAAGACAACGGUGUCCUCCAGGCCUUUAUGAGAGGGAGGCCGUCCCAAAGGAAGACACAACUCUCUCAAGAUCUUACACGCUUGAAAGAACACUAUGAGAAAAAGAUGAAAGGUCUUAUGGCUAAUACAGUGGGGACUGUAGAGCUGCAGCAACUUAAACAGAAACAUGAGCAGAAGAUGCAGAAGUUGGUGAAAGCAGCAAAAGAAGGAACCAAAGAUGGACUUGAGAAAACCAAAGCUGCUGUUAAAAAGGGGCGUUCAUAUAUCAAAACAAAGUCCUUCUGUAACGAGAGAAAGUCGGACUGUUUUGAAGAUGAAGCAGAGGUUUUUAUAGAGGUGGACUGCUUUAAUGUGGAACCAGUGUUGUGUCCGCCACCAGAGGGCCUUUCCCAACAGCAGCUUGUUAGGAGAUGUAUCCUGGGAUCGAUCUUGGAAAGUGAGAAAAACUACCUUGAAGCUUUAAAGAGGAUAUUAGAGAAAUAUGAGAAGCCCCUGACCCAGACUGAGCCCCGGCUGCUGAGUGAAAGGAAGCUGAAAAUGAUCUUUUACCGCGUGCGUGAGCUCCUGCAGUGCCACUUCUUGUUCCAGAUCGCUCUGGCCAGCCGAGUGGCCGAGUGGGACAGCCUGGAGAUGAUUGGAGAUGUUUUUGUAGCAUCGUUUUCUAAGUCCAUGGUACUAGACGCCUACAGUGAAUAUGUGAACAAUUUCAGCACCGCAAUGGCUGUGGUGAGAAAGACUUGCACGGCCAAACCAGGUUUUCUAGAAUUUCUUAAGCAUCGUCAGGAGACCAGUGUGGACAGAAUGACUUUAUAUGGCCUUAUGAUGAAACCAAUACAACGGUUUCCACAGUUCAUAUUACUGCUCCAGGACAUGUUGAAGAACACACCUGUGGGCCAUGCAGACCGCCUGCCUCUGCAGAUGGCACUGACAGAAUUAGAGACGUUAGCAGACAAGCUGAACGAAAAGAAGCGAGAAGCGGAUCAGCGCUGUGAAAUACGUCACAUUGCAAAAGCCAUGAAUGAACGUUAUCUCAACAAGCUCCUGAGCAAUGGCAGCCGAUACCUCAUUCGCUCGGACGACAUGGUGGAGACUGUGUACAACGAGCGCGGGGAAAUCAUCAAAACCAAAGAACGGCGUCUGUUUCUGCUGAACGAUGUGCUGAUGUGUGCCACGCCCAAUGUGCGAUGUCAGGAUGGCAGUGGGAGCGUUACGGGGAACGUGUCACUCGACCAGAGGUUUUUGCUGAAGUGGAGCGUUCCUUUAAACCUGGUGGAAGUGUUGGAGUUUGGAUCCAGUGAGGACAUGGCUGAAAACAACCGUAUCCAUCCGCCUCAUUCUGGGGAGAAGGUGGUCAUCAACGCAAAGCCAAACAAACUUUACAUGGGCCCAGGACAGCUGUAUCAGGAUUUACAGAAUCUAAUCCAUGAUCUCAAUCUGGUGAAACAAAUAUCCAGCAUGAUAAGCAGCCUCAAAGGGAACUACCAGAAUGUUAACCCCACAGUGGCUCACGACUGGGUGUCCGGUCUGCAGAGACUCAUCCUGAAGAAGGAAGAGGAGAUUAGAGCAGCUGACCGCUGUAGGAUCCAGCUCCAGCUGCCAGGAAAACAAGACAAGUCUGGUAAAGCCACUUACUUCAGUGCAGUCUUCAACACUCUGAGUCCGGCUAUCAAACAGUCUUGGAUCAGUAACUUGCAAAUGGCAAAGUUGGCUCUAGAGGAAGACAACACACAUGGAUGGUUCUUCGCUGAGGAUGAUGGGAAUCACAUCAAAAAGCAGAAACACCCUCUUCUGCUCAAGCAAAUGCCUGUUGUCAUGGCCAAACUGCAGGAAUUCAAAGUGGAAUGUGCUGUUCAUAAUCCAGAGCCCCACAUCAAUACAGAGAGCACUGCGGACACACCACUCCUGGGACAUGGAUGUGUUUGGGUUGCAAGUUGCACAAAUCAGAUGGGACAGAUAGCCAUUGUCGCCAUGCAGAACUCCAGUCCAAAAGUGACUGAGUGUUUCCAUGUGGAGUCUCGGAUCCUGUGCAUGGCCUACGUCCCCGCAGAGGAGAACGGAGACGACACAACGCUAAGGAAAGCUGCUGAAAGUCCCACUGUGUGUUUUGGCAUGGAGGAGGGCAGUAUAAUUGUGUACAAGAGCAGUCAGCGGUCAAAGAAAGUUCGUCUCCAGCAUUUCUUCACCCCCGACAAAUCCACUGUGACCAGCCUUGUGUACCAGAAGCACUGCCUCUAUGUGGGGCUGGUGAGCGGUGCCGUGCUCGUCUACUCCAGAUCAGCCGAUGGUUUGUGGUGCUCUGACAGGCCUAAUAUGCUGAAGCUUGGCGUUCUACCAGUGAAGACAAUGCUGGCAGUGGAGGAGCACCUAUGGGCCUCUUCGGGUGUACAGGUUUUCAUCAUCAGCACCCAAUCCCAUACUGUGGAGAAGCAGCUGGAGGCCCACCAGGACGAAGGCAUGGUGGUGUCCCAUAUGGUGGUGGCAGGGGUGGGCAUCUGGAUUGCCUUUAGUUCUGGCUCCAGCCUCCGUCUUUUCCACACUGAGACCCUGGAGCACCUACAGGACAUAAACAUUGCUACGCCUGUACACAGCAUACUGCCCGGUAAUCAGAGGGUGUCAGUGAGCAGUCUUCUCGUGUGCCAUGGGCUGCUGCUGGUUGGCACUAACCUGGGGGUGACCGUGGGACUUUCGGUUCCCAGACUGCAGGGGAUCCCCAAGGUGACAGGUCGGGGAAUGGUGUCGAUGCACUCUCACAGCGGUCCAGUCAAGUUCCUCACUAUGGCAGCGGCAGUUUGUAACCGGCUCUCGUCCACAUCCCCGUCUCACCCGCCCUGUGCUCAGCCUGCAGAGCUCCUGGGUGAAGACAGCACCAGUCCCAAAGACGCCACCCUCACCCCAGCGCAGGGCAGAGGGGUGUGGCUGGGAGACGCAGGCUGCACCAACAUGGCUCUCCAAGACUCCACUUCUUCCUCCUCCUGUGGCUCCCUGGCCCCCUCACAGGGUUCUCUGGAGCACGGGCCUGAAGAUGGGGCCUUGUACGACAUGUUGCACGACCCGUCCCACCAGCAAAGGGCCCGUUGCACCAACAAGGUGAACAUCAGCUCUGUGCUCGUGGUCUCUGGAGGGCUGAUCCAAAAGGAGGCGCGACCUGGACUGACUGACUGUGCACGGCCGUCAUUCUGCCUCGCCUUCCACGCACAGUCCACGGCGAUUGUACUCUAUGCUCACAUCAAACCCUUUCAACCCAAGGCGGAGCGGGAGAGACAUCGCGCAGGAUUUUCGCUCAUUUUGAUCCAAGAAUGCAUCGAUGCAGCGAGCAGUGGCAGAAAUCACUCCAUCUGGCAGACUAUGUUCACUCAGCAUGAAUUGUGA